AUGGCAAUGCCGUCGGGUUACAUUGGUAAUGCACCACUUUUGUGCGCUAUACCAAGCGGAAAUUUGCAGGCCAUGCUUGGCCAUCAUGCAUAUCUCGAUUGCCCCGGUUGUCAGCCCGAGUUUGAUGAGUUGGUCUUGACAGCAGCGAUCCCGUUUGAGUCCACCUUCCGGUUAUUGCUUAAUAAUGUAAAUCCACGGGAGACAACAGAUGUCCUCCUUACAGAGGUACUUGAGUCUGGAAACAUCAUCAUCGUCCAACUCUUACGGGAUGCAGGAAUCCAGUUAAAAAGCCCUGACAUCAGGUCCGGGCCUUUUAUACUAGCUUCUACAGUGAAGGGAGACAAAGCCAUGGUGGAUUUUGUCUUUGAUCAUGGAUUCUUCUUUGAAACCAGCGACGAGGAAGAAAGAUACCAGGAAGCUGUGCGCGCAAUAUUCGCAGCUCUCGAUAAUGAAGACGCAGAAGUGUUGAAGCUUCUUAUAAACAAUGAUAUGUUGGUGACAGAUGAUUUCUUCUACCAAAAUGCAGAUGCACUGCUGGAAAAGUCAAUAUCGGUAAGGAACAUCGAGCAAGCGACUGCCUAG